AUGACGAUUUCAUUUGGAGCCCGUGGUAAACCAUGGAAAUAUCAUAAAAAGGCGACCAAACGUUCGCAACUUUCACGCGGAUUGCGCAAAAGCUGGGGAGAGCGUUUAAAUGAACGAAAAGAGAAAGAGGUCACAAAACAAUUGGAACAGGAAUUAAGAAACGAAGUUGAAGCGGAGAAAGCACGAAAACGCGAGGCCACAUUGAAAAGGCGACAAGCCUUGGAAGAAAAAGAAAGGCAAGAAAAAUUGGCUGCUCUGUUUUCAGCCAAGAAGUUGAAGAGGUUGCAGAAUAGGAAGCGGAAAGCGAUAAAGAAAUAA